CUUCUUCUCAGCUUACCCCAUAGGUUAGUCUCACUCUUUUUCUGUCGCUCUCACAUUAGUCCUGUCUGUGUCUCCAGUGUUACCAGUUACUGACGGCUCUCCUCUCAGCUUCUUAUUGCAGUCUGAAGUGAUCACACAAGUGCUGCACUGGACUAAAAGUUAGCCUGUCUUGUUGUGGUCCCAGAUUCAAAGGGAGGACACCCGCUUUUCUCAGGAUCAUUUUUGCCAGGACCUGGGAACAAGUGUCUGGAUCUCAACUUGGAAUAUCUUCUCUGCACUGGACCUUGUCUAUUGGAUGCCAUUAUAAUUGGCGUCCAUUUCCUACUGUAGCAAUCUAUCUGAGUGUGUGCACCCCUGAGUGGGUUUGAAUUUGUGAGGUUGUGUGUGUGUGGGGGACAAAUAGGCAAAGAGCUGCAGUGCUGGACUCCUGCAGUGAUUCCAGGUUAAUUCCUCAUUAGUUGGUCCGGUCCCGGCUGUGAACAUGGCAUCUUUGAGAAGUUUGAUUCUUGCGCUGCUGCUGGCGCUGCUCUGCUCCUUCCACACCCCGCUGGCUCCCACUGCAAAGGCGCAGGAUCUGCCAUUCCGCUCCGAGCAAGGUCUGGUGGCUGAUGACGAUGAUGAUGAUGAUGAUGACGAUGAUGAUGAUGACGAUGAUGAUGACGACGACGACGAUGAUGAUGAUGAUGAUGACGAUGAUGAUGAUGACGACGAUGAUGACGACGACGACGACGACGACGAUGACGACGAUGAUGACGACGAUGAUGACGACGAUGAUGAUGAUGAUGAUGACGAUGAUGAUGACGACGACGAUGACGACGAUGAUGACGACGAUGAUGAUGAUGAUGAUGAUGACGAUGAUGACGACGACGAUGACGACGACGAUGACGACGACGACGACGAUGACGACGAUGAUGACGACGAUGAUGAUGAUGAUGAUGACGACGACGACGACGACGAUGACGAUGACGAUGACGAUGACGAUGACGAUGACGACGACGAUGAUGAUGAUGACGAUGAUGAUCAUGAAGAUGAUGAUGAUGAUGAUGAUGAUGAUGAUGACGACGACAACGACGACGAUGAUGCUUAUCACAAGGGCUCUGUGUGCUCAUAUUGUGAAUUCUGUGAGCACUGUGACAGCUGUGACAAAUGUCCUUGUGAAGAGGGAGACAAGUCUGAACACUGUGAUGACUGCAAGAUGUGCAGUUUCUGCCAUGUGUGUCCUGUUUGUCAAACUCUUUGCCAGCCUGGAGGUUUUCUUGAUGAAGUGACUGGGUCGAUCUACAAGACUGUAGCUGAUGUCUUUAAUGAUGAUGAUGACAACUGAACCCAACCAUAUGUUGCCACCAUGUGGCCAAACUAAUAUGUUUCACUUUCACUUCUCAUUUUCAUUGUUAUUUUUGUCUUUUUUCUUGAGAACAUUAAACGAUUGCUAACCAAUGACUGAAUAGAAAAUGUUAAAAGAAUAACUUCAUAUAUUUGUGUACUGUUGUUAACUGACAAGUCUAAGUCAUACUUUUAAGGAAAAUAAAAUAUUUGCAGUCAUAUUUGGGAUAUGCUAAAUAAAAAAGAGGGGACAUUUUCA